GUCGUGAGCGAUCUGUACCCUAGACCGAGGUUAUUGAAAUCACCUCACACUCUUUGGCAUUAAGGCAAAAGAGUAGCAAACACACUGUAAAAUACUUAUAUAUAUAUAGUGAUAUAUAAAGUGACUUAUUGUUGUGCGUUUAUUUUACCUACAAUCAGUUUUAGUAGUCUAAAUUAUUUAUUAAUUUCUUACUGAUAAACAAAGUAUUCAAGCCAUGAGAUUGGUGCGUUUGUGAUAGUUAGCAAAAAUACUGCCACUGAGAUACCCACAUACAUAUAAAAAAAAAUAUAUAUAAUAAUUCUGUGAAAGGUAAUCGAAGAGCGAAAGCAAUCAAUCGUUUGUGUACGUGAGGAGGAUUCAUCGGGCUUUGUGUACGUAAAAAACUGCAACAAAAAUUUUUUAUAACAAAUAAAUUUUAAACGUCUGAAGAAAUUAUAAUUAUUUAUACUUAUAAUUAGUGACGUUUAUAGUAAAAAUAAAAACAGAAAAUAAAUUAAAAAAAAAAAAGCAACCCUUUAAUAAGUUAUUAAAAGAUUAUUGGAGAUGUAUUGAUGAACUUAACCUCUUCCUUGUUGAACGUGGGAGCGACCCAGAAUAAUCGUGAUAUCUAUUACGAGACUGAAUAUAUUACUGAUAAAUUUGGUUUGUGUAACUUAUCAAAUUCUCAGCAAUAUUACGAGCGAGAAUCGUGGGAAGAAGAAGAAGAAAGAGAACACGUUGCAUCGGCCCGAGAACAUAAUCCAGCAUUACUCGGCAGAUUGAUAUCAAGACGCCGAAUAAAAGAGGAGCCGAACGACUCAAGGAGGAUCAGUAAGGACAAGAGAUUAGUUAUUAGAGAAGGAGGGAUGCCUCGCAGCAAGCGCCGAGCGCCCUCCAGUACAAACCAUCAUCAUCACGCGUCUACUGAUAUGUCACCAAGUGCCCAUGAGGACGGUAUGCCCAGACAUCCCUCCAAGAGGCUGCGUCACACAUCAAAUGCCAGAAGAUACACAAAAACAGAAGAUGUUCCAGCGGCAUCGUCAUUUGUCCAGAAACGUUGCAUUGCAUGGUUUAGAGAGUACACACCUGCAGAUGAUCCUGAUACCCUAGGUCCUGAUGGAAUGGAAAAAUUUUGUGAGGACAUAGCUGUCGAACCAGAAAAUGUAGUGAUGCUUGUACUUGCGUAUAAAAUGAACGCCCGUCAAAUGGGAUUUUUCACACUCAACGAGUGGCUUAAGGGAUUAUCAGAGUUGCAAUGUGAUACCAUUCAUAAAUUACAGCAAAAACUUGAAUAUUUGAGAAGUCUUCUCAACGAACCACACACGUUUAAAGGAAUUUAUAGAUACGCUUAUGAUUUCGCUAGAGAUAAAGAUCAACGUAGCAUGGACAUGGAAACAGCUCGAGUAAUGCUUCAAUUAUUAUUGGGAAAACAUUGGCCAUUAUUUUCACAAUUCGCGCAAUUUUUAGAUCAAUCCAAGUACAAAGUAAUCAAUAAAGAUCAGUGGUGCAACAUUUUGGAGUUUUCACGAACUAUUAAUCAUGAUUUAUCGAAUUAUGAUUUAGAUGGAGCGUGGCCAGUAAUGCUCGAUGAAUUUGUUGAGUGGUUAAAAAUUCAACGGGGAGAAGGAACCUCGUCGAUGGGAGUUCGAGGCAGCUGAAAUAUUACAUCAAAAUUAACUUAUAUUUUACGAAAAACACCCGCCUAACUUAAUUACAACAAUUUAUCUCUCUCUUUUAAUCAAUACUUUGUUAAUUAAACCGAUAAUUAUUAAUACUUUUGUCCUUAAGAAAAACAAUAAGUUGAUACACUCGCUGAUAAAAUAAUUAUUCUUAGUAAUUAGUUCAAUUCUUCGUUUUUAUGUCUUAAUAAUACUUGUAGCGUAAUUUCAUUUGCAUAUAAAACUUUUUAAAACCGAAACUUAAAUGGAAAAUAUUUUUGGCCGAAUAGUUAGUUAGUUAGUUAGUUAGUUAGUUAACAUAAUAACAAUAUUAAUUAAAUAAAUCAUUAUUAUAAUUAAAAAUAAUAAUAAGAAUUAUAAUAAUAAUUAUCAUCAUUAUUUACAAUAGCUGAUAGCUUAUUUAAACGACUUUGAAUGUCGCCGUGUACUUUACAUGUAGUUGUGCUUAGAAAUUCGAUUGUUUAUAUAACUAAAUAUUUAUUACUGAUGUAAACAAAAUGUAAAUUUUUUAUCUGAUCAUUUUUACCGCCGCUAAUAAUUUAUUAACUGCACUGAGUCUACUUGUAGAAAUGUAAAAAAGGAAAAGAAUUUAAGAUGAGCAGACCCGUCCAACUAAAUUUUCUCAGUGACAUUAUCAAACUUUGACAAUAUUCACUUAAAGCACUUGAAAAACUAUAACUAUCACGUAAGUUGGAUGGAUAGGAAUUAUUAAUUAAUAAUAUUAAUCAUAAUAGUUAUAAUAUAGACAGAUAAAAUCAAGAAAUCGCUCGAUUUUGAGCACAAUCAUGUAAAUAACGGCGUAUUUAUCGAUAAUUGAUCGAUUUCAGUAGCGUUAGUACACGGAAUUGAUCAUAAAUAUAAUUUAAAAAAUGGUAAAUCAAGUAAUUAAAACUGAAAAUAAAGUUUUAAGUGCAACUUGCGCAGGUUUUAAAGGCCUAUCGCCGGUAUUUCAAUUUUAAAAUUUUAAAGACCCAUUUAAUGUGGAUUUUGAAAUAAAUUAAUACUAUUUUUGUUCGUGAUUAUUUUAUCUAA